CGCUCCCUCCAGAGCCAGCAUCUCCUCUGGCGAGCCGCCUGCACAGCUACCCGGCGAGGGGGUGGAGCGGGGGAGGGCGAGAAGCAGCCCCCCCCAGCUGCCUAUAGCAAGAACGCCUCCUCAGCCAGCCAGAGCUCCCUUUUGAAGGGGGUCCCACAAGCUCCCUUGCAGUGUGUGCAACCACCCCCUGCCCCUGUAGGGAAAGGGAAGCGACCGCAAAGCCAGGAAGGAGCCCGAGGGGGAGGGGUAGAAAGGGAGACGUGGGGGAGAGAGCUACGGAGCAAGGCGCUAAGAGGCACAGAAAAGCCCCCAGUGAAAUGCAUUACAGCUGAGGUUACCCAGCCAGCUCCCACCCCCCUCCCGUGCCUCGCACGGCCGGAUCCCAGCAGCCGGAGCAGCCGCCGCCUAGCCCAGAGCAGGCUCCGGUGCCCGCUCGCACACGCAGCCGGGCCGGAGGCGAGGGGGGAGGCCGAGGAAGGAUGGCAAUGUCUCUGAUCCAGGCGUGCCGCAGCCUGGCCCUCUCAACAUGGCUGCUCUCCUUCUGCUUCGUGCAUCUGCUCUGCCUGGACUUCACGGUGGCCGAGAAAGAGGAAUGGUACACGGCCUUCGUGAACAUCACCUACGCCGAGCCGGCGGCCGGCAGCCUGGAGCUGCGCAGCGAGAAGACAGAGUGCGGGCGCUACGGGGAGCACUCGCCCAAGCAGGAUGCCCGGGGCCAGGUGGUGAUGACUGCCUCCGCCCACGACCGGCUGGCCUGCGACCCCCACACCCGGUUCGCCGCCCCGGGCCAGGGCAAGAGCUGGGUCGCGCUGAUCCCCAAGGGCAACUGCACGUACAAGGAUAAGAUCAGGCACGCCGCCGCCCAGAACGCCUCUGCCGUGGUGAUCUUCAACGUGGGCUCCAGCAACGCCAACGAGACCAUCACCAUGCCGCAUGCAGGUGUAGAAGAUGUUGUAGCAAUAAUGAUUCCUGAGCCUAAAGGAAGAGAGAUAGUGAGUCUGCUGGAGAGGAAUGUUACUGUGAUGAUGUAUAUAACAAUUGGAACACGCAACUUGCAGAAAUACGUCAGCCGUACCUCAGUGGUGUUUGUCUCCAUCUCCUUCAUUGUGUUGAUGAUCAUCUCCCUGGCAUGGCUGGUCUUCUAUUAUAUCCAGAGAUUCCGAUAUGCAAAUGCCAGAGACAGAAACCAGCGCCGUCUUGGAGAUGCUGCAAAGAAAGCAAUCAGCAAGCUGCAGGUCAGAACAAUCAGAAAAGGGGACAAGGAAACUGAGCCAGAUUUUGAUAACUGUGCAGUUUGUAUUGAAGGUUACAAGCCCAAUGAUGUUGUCAGGAUCUUACCAUGCAGGCAUCUUUUUCAUAAAUCUUGCGUAGACCCGUGGCUGCUAGACCAUCGCACCUGCCCUAUGUGUAAAAUGAACAUUCUAAAAGCUCUAGGGAUUCCGCCAAAUGCGGAUUGCAUAGAUGAUAUGCCUCCAGAUUUUGAAGCUUCUAUAGGAGGACCGCCAACUAAUCAGAUUACAGGAGCUAGUGAUAUAACCGUGAAUGAAAGCUCUGUAGCUCUGGAUCCUCCUGUCCGGACUGUGGGAGUACUACAAGUCAUCCAGGAUGCAGAUCCUCUUCCCCAGGUUGGGGACGGUAACUUCACAACAAGUAGUGAACAGGAGCCAGCAGUCAGCAGUGAUUCUGAUAUAUCAUUGAUUAUGGCGAUGGAGGUGGGACUGUCUGAUGUGGAGCUUUCCACUGACCAAGACUGCGAAGAGGUGAAAUCAUGAAAAACAAGCAGAAAACCUUACUAAACUAAGGGUAGGCAUGAGGGGCAGGGACAGAGUCAGCUUUCUAGAAUUUGGACCAGUCACAUAUACACACUCACACACACAUACACCCCUCUAGAACACUAUCAAUCCAGUGCACUCCAUUCUGAGAUGGUCAUGAAAAAGCAAUAGCAACAGUUGUGUCUACCUGGAUGCAGUUUCAUCAUCUACAUGUGUCUAUUUUGUUCACAUGGAAGAUGAAAGCUUAUUGUUUUCCCAUUCGCUUAAAAGCAAUCCUGUACCUCUUCAGUGGCUCGUAAGUGUACAACUGAAAUGACAGCUUGAGUGUUUUCUACUCUUGUUCAUUGUUUUUUUAAAAGAAGAUGAUGUUUAUUUAUAGUUGAUUAUCGAUGGACACUGUUUGUUUGUUUGUUUUUUUCGUUGACUGACCCCAGCUUUUCCAAGAGUUCAGUCUGGAAGUUUGAAUUCCUCUUCUCUAAUCAUUUCAUGAUCUGUCUCCAGGAUUUAUUAUUGCCUUGACAUUUCUGCAUGAAGUAUGCAUGGCUUUGAAAAGAAAUAGUGCUUCAGCACUCUGUAUUAAUAUGAAGCCUAUUUUCUUUAAGAUUUUAAAACCUUUAAAGUGGGUCUUGGAGAUUAUAUCUUCAAGAGGCCUUUAUCCAUGUGAAUUGAAGCCCUCAAUUAAUUGACAUUGGUGUAUUGUUGUUUCAAACAGAAUUAUGUUGGCUUCCACUUACAGAGCUCGAUUAAAUGCACAGACAGUAACAUGUGUAAGAGAGAAAAAUAAUGGCACUAAACUUCAUCCUGUAGUUGCUAUAUUUUCUGCCAUUGACAGCCUCUGGUAUUAAUGGCCUUCCUUGUGACUUCCUUGUUCAGUAGCUGGAAAACAGGAUCUAGUUUAAAAUCAGGUACUUCCUUAAAUUUAAAAACAAAAAUCAGCAGACCAAUGAGUGUCUGAGCAGUUUCAAGAGGGCGCUUGGUAAUCCUCAUGUGGGUAUUUGUAGCUGAUGGAAAUAUUUUUAGAAAAGGUCUGAACUGUAAAGAUGAUUACAAUGUCAAUUUCCAGAAUAAAUAGUUAAACCAAGAGCAGCUGGACAAAUUGUUUACCUUCAUAUU